GAAGGUCCAUAUUCUUUCUUCAUGGAGGAAAGAGAGCUUUGCGGGAUAGAGUAUUCUUGGGACAACAUGGAUUCAGGAAAUUGUGGACAUGAUUGAACAGAAUGGAGAUGUGGAGAAAUGUAGGCGAGCCAUCAUUCAGCACCGCCACCCUUUCAUUGAGUGGGCACGGCCUCCCCAACCCUCGGGUGUGGAAAAAGCCAAAGCAAUGCCCCCUCCACGGAUAUUAAGGACUCACCUUCCCACUCAGUUGUUGCCUCCUUCCUUUUGGGAAAAGAACUGCAAGUUCCUUUAUGUAGCUCGAAACGCCAAAGACUGCAUGGUUUCCUACUAUCAUUUCCAAAGGAUGAAUCAAAUGCUGCCUGAUCCUGGUACUUGGGAGGAGUAUUAUGAAACCUUCAUCAGUGGAAAAGUGGGCUGGGGUUCCUGGUUUGACCAUGUCAGAGGAUGGUGGGAGAGGAAAGACAGAUACCGGAUUCUCUUCCUCUUCUAUGAGGACAUAAAGAGGGACCCAAAGCAUGAAAUUCAGAAGGUGAUGAAGUUCAUGGGAAAGAAUCUGGAUGAAAAAGUGCUAGAUAAAAUUGUCCAGGAGACAUCAUUUGAGAAAAUGAAAGAAAAUCCCAUGACAAAUCGUUCUACAGUUCCCAAAUCUGUCCUGGACCAGUCUGUUUCCCCCUUCAUGAGAAAAGGAACUGUGGGAGACUGGAAAAACCAUUUCACUGUGGCACAGAAUGAAAGAUUUGAUGAAAUCUAUAAGAAAAAGGUGGAAGGAAACCCAAUCUUCCCAAACUUCUGCAUGGAGCUCUGAGUGAGACGUAAAUUAGCUGGAUGGCAAGAAUGCAACUCAUCUUCAGUCUUCCAUCCCAGCCUGAAGAAUCUCUGAAAGCACCUUGCAAAUAUACAUGAUUGUGGUACUGCCCCUCUCUGUGAUAGUUAACAACAUGUAACAACUUUGUCUUUAAAAAGAUCAUGUCUAAUGCUUGUCUUCUUAACCAUUCUUUCCAAAGCAAGAAAUAAAGUGGUUUAAUAAGCUAAGUAAAA